GAGUGUUUGCCCACCCGAGAUGCUGCCAGAACUGCUCUGCUCUCAACACACUGGAAUCAUGUUUGGUUGCGACUUGGGCGGUUUACUUUCGAUGAUGACUUCUUCUGGGAUAUCCUACAAUGUAGUGGUGAAAGAUUCGUUCCUUGUAAAAUAAUAACUUACAUUCUCUUGCAGCAUGCUCGACCCAUUAAGAAAUUUAGCCUAGACCAUAGUGCCACAGUUGAUCAUAUGUUGUUGGAGUCGGAUUUGGAUCAGUGGUGGCUUUAUCUGUCAAGAAAUGGCAUUGAGGAACUUGACAUAUCUCUUUGUGACCCUCAAUAUAAGCUGCCAUUUUGUAUAGUCUCGUGCCCCACAAUCAAGCAGCUGACACUCAAAGGUUUGGGUUUUGAUUGCCCAAUUAUAAAUGCUCCUUCUAUUCUUCCCGGUGUCACUUCAUUAAUUUUCUAUGAUAUUGUUUUUAAUCAUAAUGUUAAUGGAAUUGGGUCUAGCAUUCCUAAUCUUGAGAAGCUGAAAUUCAUUCGUUGUGACGGGAUCAGUAAUUUUAAGUUCAGAGCUCCAAAACUUGAAAACUUGUCUAUUUUUGGUUUUAGACCUGAAGCUGAAUCCAGAUGGCUUGCACUUCAUUUGGAAACAAUUAAGGUUCUUUGCUUGGAUCAUAACUGCAUAUUGUGGGAAGAUGUUGAAAUAGCGUCCUUCCCAACCGCAAUAAAUCUGCAAGUAAUCAAACUGGAUGCUAUAAAGUUUGCCAAUGAAAAACAGCUCAUGGGUGUUUUGAAGUUGCUUCAAAUAUCUCCAAACCUAUGUGAACUAGAUAUUAAAACAACGGGCCCUGAAGAUGACAUAGAAGAUGAAGAUGACAUAGAAGAUGAUGACAUAGAAGUUGUUUUACGACUUUUGAAGGAGGAUCCAGACAAUUGUAUUGUUAAUCAAGAUUUAAAAAUGCUUAAAACAAUCAAGAUUAAUCGAUUUUGUGGAUCCACAGUCGAAUUGUUUUUUGUGAAAAUGUUGCUCUCAAAAUCCCCUAAACUAGAGAGUGUUGUUAUUCAGGAAUAUUAUUUUGUUGAUCCGCAAUACAAUAAGGUGAUAAAAUUCCAAAGGGAGUUGUUGUGCUUCCCUCGUGCAUCUCCGAAAGCACAAAUUAUUGUAUUGUGAAACUCCAUGGGUUCAGUUCGUAUUCAACUUAGAAUUGUAAGAUGAGGAUGGUACCUUAGCUUGUUUCCUAAGGUGUUGAUUAGAGUCCAAGAAUAUCAUUCUUUAGUUUUUCCUUCAGUUAAUUGUUCUAAAUUUUACUUCAGAUAAUGUGAUGUGAGUUCUUACUGCUUA